AUGCCAGCAAGUGUACAAAAAUAUCGAGAUCAACUUGAAAAUCGAUGUUUGUUGGUAAAAAAUCUAAAAGUCUUUCCAGUUGAAGCCGUUGUACGCGGAUACAUUACUGGAUCUGCUUGGUUGGAAUAUAAAAAGAAAAGGAGCGUGUGUGAUAUUCUGUUGCCUGAAGGAUUAUUGGAGAGUCAGAGUUUCGAGAAGCCUCUUUAUACACCUAGUACAAAAGCAGAAAUUGGUAGUCACGAUGAAAAUAUUCAUCCUGAUAAAGUGGUUGAAAUUGUUGGAGAAAAGAUUGCACAUGAUAUUGCUGAAACUUCUGUAAAAUUAUAUUCCAAAGCUAGUAAAUACGCACAUGAUAAAGGGAUAAUUAUAGCAGACACAAAAUUCGAAUUCGGUGCUGAUUCUGAUGGAAAUCUGUUUCUUGUGGAUGAAGUUUUAACUCCUGACUCAUCCCGAUUUUGGCUUUCUUCGAAUUACAAAGUUGGUGAAAAACAGGAUAGUCUUGACAAACAAUAUUUACGCGACUACCUAUUAAGUAUUGAAUUUGAUAGAAAAACUAGCAUUCAGUUACCUGAAAAUAUUGUUCAAAAAGUUUCGGAAAGAUAUGUCGAAAUUUAUAAAUUGUUGACUGGAUGUGAUCCUAGUUAG